AUUUUUUUUUUAUUGGAGAUGAUCUUAUAUACAAAACAAUAAUAGUUAUAUAUAAUAUAUAUGUUACGUUAUCUUUUGUCCAACAUUCAGAAAUCUAUCUCUCACAAAAUCAUGAUGAAAAAGCCUUUGCUUCUUCAUUUUCUAAAAAAAAAAUAGUCUUCGCCUCUAUACGACCACAAAACAGCCUCAAAAUCAAGAGAGAUUACAUAUAGUACCGUUCAUCAGCCAUGGCGUUACCAAGCUCGGCUAAAACACUGGAAGUUUCCCAUGUCGCACCUUUAACGACCUCACCAGAAUCAAACGUCCACUUCACUCUCCCUUUAACCUUUUUCGAUAUAAUAUGGUUCAAAUUCGCUCCAGUCGAGCGCGUAUUUUUCUAUGCUCUUCCUGAAACUAAACACACUUUCUUCAACUCUGUUCUCCCAAAGCUCAAACACACCCUCUCUCUCACACUCCAAUAUUUUCUACCUUUAGCCGGCAAAAUAACUUGGCCUCAAGAUUCCCCCAAGCUUGUCCUUCAAUACACCCCAGGCGACGUCGUUUCGGUCUCCGUGGCCGAGUCCGAUGCUGAUUUUGACCUCAUCGCCUCAAACCGUGCUUUCCAUGCCUCCUUGGUUCGUCCUCUGGUUUCUCCUUUACAUGUUUCUGAAACAGGGGCUUCGGUAAUAGCUCUUCGAAUCACUCUAUUUCCCAAUCGAGGAUUUUCUAUUGGCAUCACAACCCAUCACGCUGUUCUAGAUGGGAAAUCCACAACCAUGUUUAUGAAGUCGUGGGCUUACUUAACUAAACAAAAUCCUCCGUUAUUGCCGGAGCUCACACCCUUUUAUGACCGGAAUGUUAUUAAAGACCCACCUGGGUUUGACAUGAUAAAAUUCUUGCGAUCAAGUCCUGGAUCGACGUUAUCUGAUUGUAGAAAUAAUCCAAAACUGUUUGAAUUCCGUCAAUUUUCAAUCUUGGAUGAACUCACCGACUUAUAUCGAGCCACUUUUGAACUAAGCCGCUCCGAUAUAGAUAAACUCCGGCAAAGGGUAUCGUCCAAUUGGGAUAGCAGCUCAAAACCAAAGCUCCAUUUAUCAACUUUUGUUGUUACGUUUGCUUACGUCUUCGAUUGCAUUCUAAAAGUUACAGAAGGAGAUGAAAGUAAAAUGAAAGUUAUGUUCGGAUUCUCUGCUGAUUAUAGGAACCGUUUAAUCCCUCCGGUGCCGGAAAAUUACUUUGGGAACUGCGUAGGAUUCAAGAUGAAUUACGAGAACAUGAGAGAGCAAUUGGUUGGUAGGGAUGGAGAUUCGUUUAGUGCUGUUGCUGAGAAGAUCAGUGGUUUGGUGAAGGAGAUGGGUAAUCAUGAUCAGAAUGAUAUUUUGAAAGAAGGAGAACUAUUGGUUUCGAAGAGGGGUUUAAUAGCGUCUGAAAAAUACUCCGGAGUUGGAGUAGCUGGGUCGCCGAGGUUCGGCGUUUACAGCAUAGAUUUUGGAUGGGGCCAUCCCAAGAAGGUAUCUUUCAUAUCUAUAGAAAAUGGUUCCAUUUCAAUGGCGGACUCUGAAAAUGGAGACGGCGGUGUUGAGGUUGGUUUGUAUUUGAAGAAACAACAAAUGGAUGUUUUUACUUCUGUUUUCCUCACCGGUCUUAGUCUUUAGCAAUAUUAUUUAAGGUUGUUACUUUUCUAUGCUGAAAACAUACAUCUUUCUAUAUUUAUCUAUAUAUAUUUAUGGAAAUUUUUGUAAAAAUAAAAAAAAUAAUAAUAAUAAUUUAAAGUAUAAAAAUAAAUAAACCCCAUAUGGAAAUUGUUGUGCUAUUU